AUGGCUAAUCCACGGCAGCCUUCCAUUGGAUACUCUGUCUCUAUCACUCCCUCACACCCAGAUACAACAUCUCCUGACCCCGAGAAAAUUUCCAUACCUCCACCACCUUUAAUUACACCAGGAGCUCCCAGAUUUCCUGUGCCAAGGUUUCAACAGGAUCAAGCUCCUUCUCCAUCACUCAAAACCCCAAAUGCACCAUCACCAGCUAAUGGGUUGAAAACUGGCAGCCCUAUUCCUCAUUUGAGUACUCCACCUGGACCUCCUGUCUUUACUUCCCCUGUCCGGCCUGCUGCUGUGCCUUUUCGUGCUUCACCUGCAACUCCUCAGCCAGUUGCUUUCUCCCCGGGCUCAUCUUUGCCAACAUCUUCGCCCCUCAAUCUUUCAAAUGGGUCACUUGAGUUGCAGCAUGAACUUUCUAAUGUUGCAGAGGAUGAUAUAGCGUCUGUUGGAGAAUCACCAUAUGUCCUAUUCUCAGCUCAUAAGGUGUUGAAACAGAAGAAACAAGCAAAUAUACCCAGUUUGGGUUUUGGGGCAUUGGUUUCACCUGGAAGGGAGAUUUCACCAGCUCCUCAGAUAGUACAACGUGAUCCUCAUCGCUGCCACAGUUGCGGAGCUUAUGCGAAUAUCUACUGCAAUAUCUUACUAGGCUCAGGUCAGUGGCAGUGUGUAAUUUGCCGAGAGCUGAAUGGAAGUGAGGGCGAAUACAUAGCUCCCAGCAAGGAAGAUCUUUGUAAUUUUCCAGAGUUGUCAUCUCCCAUGGUUGAUUAUGUUCAAACUGGGAACAACAGACCCGGUUUUAUCCCAGUUGCUGAUUCAAGAAUGUCUGCACCUAUUGUUCUUGUCAUAGAUGAGUGUUUGGAUGAACCACAUCUCUGGGAUUUACAAAGCUCCUUGCAUGCUUUUGUCGAUUCACUUCCCCCAACAACGAGAAUUGGAAUAAUACUCUAUGGUCGCACAGUAUCAGUUUAUGAUUUUUCAGAGGAAUCGAUUGCAUCUGCUGAUGUGCUUCCAGGAGAGAAAUCACCAAGUCAGGAUUCCUUGAAGGCAUUGAUAUAUGGAACGGGUAUAUACUUGUCUCCAAUGCAUGCUUCACUGCCUGUAGCACAUGCCAUAUUUUCAUCAUUGAGGCCAUACAAAUUGAAGAUUCCAGAAGCUUCUAGAGAUCGGUGCCUGGGCACUGCAGUCGAGGUUGCUCUUGCUAUAGUUCAAGGGCCAUCAGGAGAAAUGUCUCGAGGAGUAAUUAAAAGGUCUGGAGGUAAUAGCAGAAUCAUUGUUUGUGCUGGUGGCCCUAAUACAUAUGGUCCUGGAUCUGUUCCUCAUUCUUUCAGUCACCCAAAUUAUCCUCAUAUGGAAAAGACUGCUUUGAAAUGGAUGGAGCAUCUGGGUCAUGAGGCACACCGACACAAUACAGUAGUUGACAUUCUAUGCGCUGGGACAUGCCCUGUAAGAGUUCCUAUUUUGCAACCUCUUGCAAAAGCUUCUGGGGGCGUUUUUGUUCUCCAUGAUGACUUUGGGGAAGCCUUUGGUGUGAACUUGCAAAGGGCAUCUACCAGGGCAGCAGGCUUCCGUGGGUUCUUGGCAAUACGUUGUUCCGAUGAUAUUCUCAUAACUCAAGUCGUGGGUCCUGGUGAAGAGGCACAUAUGGACACUCAUGAAACCUUCAAAAAUGACACUUCUCUUUACAUACAAAUGCUUAGUGUUGAAGAGACACAGAGCUUCUCACUCUCCUUGGAAAAUAAGAGGGACAUUAUGACCGAGUAUGUGUACUUCCAGUUUACAAUUCAGUAUUUAAAUGUGUAUCAAGCGGAUAUAUCAAGAGUAAUUACUAUUAGAUUGCCAACAGUUGAUAGUGUUUCAGCAUAUCUUGCAAGUGUUCAAGAUGAAGUGGCAGCAGUUCUUAUUGCGAAGAGGACUCUCUUGCGAGCUAAAAAUUAUUCUGAUGCAAUUGAUAUGCGAGCAACAAUAGAUGAAAGAAUUAAAGAUAUUGCUAUGAAAUUUGGUUCUCAAGCACCAAAGUCAAAGCUUUAUCGGUUCCCAAAGGAGGUGUCUUUAUUGCCAGAGCUCCUGUUUCAUCUAAGAAGAGGCCCACUUUUGGGAAGUAUUGUUGGCCAUGAAGAUGAGAGAUCUGUAUUGCGGAACUUGUUUUUGAAUGCAUCCUUUGAUCUCUCACUCCGAAUGGUAGCGCCUCGUUGUCUAAUGCAUCGGGAAGGGGGAACAUUUGAGGAACUACCAGCUUAUGACCUUGCUAUGCAGUCAGAUGCAGCAGUUGUUCUUGAUCAUGGCACAGAUGUCUACAUUUGGUUGGGUGCUGAACUUGCUGCUGAUGAAGGAAAAAGUGCAGCUGCAUUAGCGGCUUGCAGGACAUUAGCUGAAGAGCUCACGGAGUUGCGGUUUCCAGCUCCUCGGAUCCUUUCAUUCAAGGAAGGAAGCUCUCAGGCUCGAUAUUUUGUAUCGCGGCUCAUACCGGCACACAAGGAUCCUCCUUAUGAGCAGGAGGCAAGAUUCCCGCAGCUACGAACUUUGACAACAGAACAGCGGACAAAGCUGAAAAGCAGCUUUCUCAAUUUUGAUGAGCCUAGCUUCUGUGAGUGGGUACGAAGCUUGAGAGUGGUGCCUCCAGAACCAAGCUAG